AUAUUGUAUAAGGCAUACUUCCGCCGAGAGAAAUACACGUCGUCACUGUUGAAAACAAUCUCUUGAAAAACAGCUUCGAUAAACGAUAAUUGCUACAAAUUUAGCAUAUAAAGGUCAUUACUUGAAAUGACUACCAAUGAAAUAGGGGAUUGGUAUCGGGGUAUUCCUCAGAUCACCCGAUAUUGGUUUACAGCAUCAGUUGUCUUGCCCCUGAUGGGGAAAAUAGGAUUAGUUAGCCCCAUGACAAUGAUAUUGGAUUCGCACCUUCUAUUAUCAAAGUUCCAGAUAUGGAGACCGCUUACGGCUCUCAUUUACUACCCAAUCAUGCCUCAAACAGGAUUUCACUACUUGAUAAAUUUGUAUUUUCUUUACUCUUAUUCUUCGCGACUAGAAACUGGAUUAUUCGAUGGAAGGCCUGCUGAUUACUUAUUUAUGUUGAUAAUCAACUGGAUUUGCCUUGUGUUUAUAGGAUUAGCUGCCAGCUUAAUGCUACUUAUGGAUCCAAUGAUACUUAGCGUUAUAUACGUCUGGUGUCAAAUCAAUAAAGAUCAAAUAGUAUCUUUUUGGUUUGGAACUCAAUUCAAAGCAAUGUAUUUACCCUGGGUCUUGGCAGGAUUUAAUAUGAUUCUAGGAGGGGGUAUGAGCGAAUUGUUUGGAAUAUUAGUGGGCCAUCUUUACUUCUUUAUCAUGUACAAAUAUCCUCAGGAAUACGGUGGUAGAAGUCUACUCUCUACACCAGGAUUUUUAUAUAGUUUUUUUCCUAACCGUCGCAAUACGGCAGGAUUUGGUCAAGCGCCGUCAAGACGAACAGAAGAAGAUAGAGGAGGUCAUAGGUGGGGUCGAGGAAAUACCCUCGGUGGAAAUUAAACUACUGUACAAGAUUGUUGAGAAAAAUGUUUUCUUGUCUGUGUAUAGGUGUAUUUUAUAUGUUAUAUGCGAUACUAGAAAUACUGGAAGAUUAUUUAUAAGUAAUAAGUCAUUAAAAUGCCGAUUGUUGCUCGAUCAAUUUACGAAACACAAGGGGGAACUACAAUCUGGCAGAACAUCUAAUGCAAACAUUUUUCUUAAUUAUUUGUCAGUUAAAAAAUUGUUUCAUUAAGUACAUUGAUAUCAUAAGAGCAAUAUAAAAUAUACUAUGUGGUACAAAAUUAAUAUUAAGAUUUUUUGGGUGAAAAAAUCUUUAAUCCAUAUUCUAUCGAAG